UAAACUUUAAUUGUGCAUAAAAACAUUUCAUUUCGGAAAAUUUUUUCUCGAACGAUCUAUAUUUGAUAUAAAUAGAAAAAGUUCUUUACUUUAAAGAGAAGAAUAAUAAAAAUUUUUAUGUUAUUUAUGAUCAAAUAAUUCGAUUAUUUAUUUAUUUAUUUUCUCCCUUUUUUUGGAUAGAUAAUGUCUCAACAAACAAAUUCAUCAUCAUCUAAUGCACAAUCACAAAUUAAAUAUGAAUCUUUAAAUCGUAGAAUUAUAAGAAAAUUUAAGGAACAACCAUUAAUUCCACUUGGAAUGUUUGCAACAGUAUUUGCAUUAGUUGGCGCAACAAUAGGUUUUACUAGAGGAGAUUCAACUACUAUGCAACGAUUUUUAAGAUUUAGAGUAGCAGCUCAAGGAUUUACUGUUGUAGCAUUAGCUGGCGCUCCAGUUUAUUAUCAAAUUAAUCGUUAUAUUAAAAAGAAUCAAAAUUAGUUGAGGGAAGGAUGUGUUUUUGGACUA